CUAUCCUCGCCACUCGUCUAUUUUUGUCAGGUCGAUAAAAAAUGGCUUGUGUGUUGUGGGAUUUUUUCACCCAAAAUAUAUAAAAAUGACUUUCCAGUUCAACAAUCAAGCCCUAGGCAAUGGGGCCAUAAUGCCCGCUGGAGGACAAUCAGCUUUUGUGCCAUCAGACCCCAGCGAAUUCACGAUUUUUUCAGCUGGUCUGAACGAUUCGCCUUUGGAGUUUAACAUGAACAAGAAUAAGACGCCGAUGGCGAGGUCCGGGGACGACAAGGAUGACGCCAGUUUGAGCCCCACGGACAAGAGGGAUAGGCGUCGGGUGGACAGAAGGGACAGGGACAGGAGGGACACGGAGAAGUCGAGGGACGACUCGGACUCGAACAUGUCCAGCUCGCAGGACGUCAUCCCCAUCCAGAACGGGUCUGGACUGGGACCCAACAUGUGGGGCGGAAUGAUGGGUAUGGGCUACCCCAUGGUGGGCAUGAACAUGAUCAUGGACCCGAACAUGAUCUCGAUGAACAACUACGGCAUGAUGCCGCCCAUGAUGGCCCCCGACCCCAACAUGAUGACCCCCGACCCCAACAUGCUCAUCAACCCGGUGAAGGAGAUCAUCCACUGCAAGUCGUGCACGCUGUUCCCGCCCAACCCCAACGCGCCGCCGCCCACGACGCGGGAGCGGCCGCCGGGGUGCAGGACCGUCUUCGUGGGCGGCCUCCCCGAGAACAUGACCGAGGAGAUCAUCACCGAGGUGUUCGAGAGGUGCGGCGAGAUCACCACGCUAAGACUGAGCAAGAAGAAUUUUUGCCACAUUCGGUUCGUGUACGAGGCGUCGGUGGACGCCGCCAUUUUCCUAUCGGGGUACAGGAUCAGAAUCGGGUCGAACAGCGAUACGCCGAACACGGGGCGGCUGCAUGUGGAUUACGCCCAGGUAAGGGCCAGAGACGACCAAUACGAGUGGGAAUGUCGACAGCGGCAACUGCAGAGAGAGCAAAGACACCGGGAGAGAAUGGAGGAGGAGCGAUUAAGGCCCCCGUCGCCGCCUCCCGUCGUCCAUUACACCGACCAUGAGGCCAUAGCAAUAGCUGAGAAAAUCAAACAAGACGAUACUUUUACGAAAGCUGUGCUGGUGGUUAUCACGUGGUUGGAGCGCGGCGAUUGCAAUAAGCGGAACGCGAAUAAUUUUUAUUCGAUGAUUCAGUCGACGAAUUCGCACGUUAGAAGGUUGCUCAACGAGAAGUCUCAGUACGAGGAAGAACUGAAGAAGGCGAAAGAAAUAAUGAAAGGGCGAAUGCAGGGGAUUUUAUUGCAAUUCAGUCAAAUUGAGCGAUUGUUCGUGGCGGCCUGUCACAAGAAGGUUUGGGACCAUUUCACCAAAGCUCAAAGAAAGAAUAUUGAGACUUGGAAAAAGCUGUCUAUGGAAAUCAAAAACGUACAGUUGGAUGAACCCGCCACCGACAAAGCCGACGACGAAAUGGACGUCUCGGACGAAGACGAACCGCCGAAGAAGAAGCACCGGAGCGAGGCGGGGGCGGAGGAGAGGAACAAUCUGAAGGACGAGAACGAGAGCCUGCGCUGUCAGAUGGAAGCGUACAAGAACGAGGUGGAAGUGUUAAAAGUCGACUACAAGAAGGACUUGGACGACAAAGACAAGCAGUUCAAGAUGCUGCAGCAAACCCUACAGGGAAUGCAGCAGCAGCUCAUUGAAGCGAAACGGAGACAAACUGACGAAGAGGCACGAGUCAAAGAGCUUCAACUUAAAAUCAAACAAUUGGAGACUAAGCAGUCUUGUGAUAAAGAUGUGAUAACGCUCGACGAUAGUGAGAGCAAUCAGGCCGAAAGUACGACGACGUCGGAGUCCUCUCCGGAUAUUCAGAGGAUCAACGAAUGCGAUGCGAAGUUGGUUGGUAUCAUUUCGGCGUUUUUGAACGUGCAUCCGUUUGGCGCCGGUUUGGAUUACAUUUGGUCGUAUGUUAGCAAGUUGGAGACGAAUUUGAGGCCCGCGGACAUCGAAACGUUGAUGAAUAGGUUUCCGACGGUUUUUAAACAAGAGUUGGUCGGGAUUGGGGCCAACAUCGAACGGAGGUGGAUAUUCAACGCGUACAAUUCCUCGAACCCUAAUAACGUUAGUAGUUAGGAUUUUAUCCACGUGGAGCGUGAUUUUGAUCCGAGUGGAACUUGCCCAGUAUGAAUUUAUUUAUUUAUAGCAAAUAAACUAGUGUUAUGGCGAUGUU